AUGAGUGAUUCAAAUAUCCAGGUAAUAGUUCGGUGCCGUGGUAGAAACGGCCGGGAAGUGAAUGCCAAAUCGCCCAACAUCAUCGAUCUCCCCGAUGACAUCUAUUCAAUCAAUAAUCCCUUGGUUACGGUGAAUCAAGAAACCGAUUCAAAUUCAAACUUGAACUUGAAUUCAAAAACUUUUAAGGUCGAUCAGGUCUACGGUUCUCAAGCCGAUCAGUCGCUUAUAUUCAGAAACGUCGCCUUGCCGCUAUUCCAGGACUUUAUCCAUGGGUUCAACGUUACAAUCUUGGCUUAUGGGCAAACGGGGACGGGGAAAACUUAUACCAUGUGUGGACAAGAUAAUGACGAUAAUAAGGGGAUAAUUCCAAGGAUCUUGGAAGAGUUGUUUAGGUCUUUGAACGAUAGUGAGGAUUACUUGGUCAAAUGCUCUUUCAUUGAGUUAUAUAAAGAAGAAUUGAAAGAUUUACUUGUUGAAGAAAACAACCCAUCAAAGUUGAGAAUUAUAACCGAUUCAAACUCAAAUAUAAUUACCCAAAAUUUGAGAGAAAUCCCAAUUAAUAAUCAUGAAUUGGCCUUUAGUCUAUUAACUAAAAGUCUCAAUAAAAGGAAAACCGGUUCAACAAAAUUGAAUGACCAAUCGUCAAGAUCCCAUACUAUAUUCACCAUUAAUUUAUAUAAAAAAACUAACGGUAACUACUUCAAACAUUCUAAAAUGAAUUUAGUCGAUUUGGCAGGAUCUGAAGAUAUCAAUAAAUCAGGAGCUCAAAAUCAAAGAGCAAAAGAAGCCGGUUCAAUUAAUCAAAGUUUACUUACUUUAGGUAAAGUGAUCAACUGUUUAAGUGAGGGCCGUGAUUCAAAACAUAUUCCUUAUAGAGAAUCCAAGUUAACUAGAUUAUUACAAGAUUCUAUUGGGGGUAAAACUAAAACCUCUCUAAUUGCUACCAUCUCUCCUGCUAAGAUUAAUUAUCAAGAAACUUUAUCAACAUUAAAUUAUGCUUCAAAAGCUAAAAAUAUUAAAAAUAUUCCUCAAAUUGGUCAAGACAGCGAUUUGGUUUUGAAAAAAAUCUUGGUUCAGGAUUUAUCAAAAGAAAUUAUCAAGUUAACAAAAGAUUUAAUGGCAUCGAAAGAUAAAGAUUCCGACGGGAUCAAAAUGAGUAUUGAUAAUUAUAAAGAAUAUUCGAAAAAUAUUAAGAAUUUUGAAAUUGAAUUAAAGGAAAAAAAUUCUCAAAUAAACUCAUUAAAUUUAAAAUUAUCCGAUAAUCAGUUUCAAAUAAAAGAUUUGAAUGAAAAAAUUAAAGAUUUGGAAUCAUCAAAUAUUAAUGAUUUGAAUACCAGUAUUGUUAAAUUAACUGAGAAAUAUCAAUUACAGAAUCUCCAUUUAAGUAAAAUUGUUAAUUCAAACUUAAAUGAAAUCAAUAAAUUAAUUGAUACCUUAAUAAAUGAAUUCCAAUCUAACAAACUAGAUAAAAAUUUCAAUGAUUUCCAAAUUUUUUAUAAAAGCGAAUUAAUUAAUUUGAAGAAUGAUUUAAAUAAUCAUGAAUUAUCUAUUCAAAACUCAAUCACUAAUUCAUCUGAUCAAAUUAAACAAAUUUUAUCUCAAAUUUCUUUAAAAGAUUUGAAUGAUCAAUUGAAUAAAUCAAAACUUAGUCUUUUAAAAGAUUUGAAAGAAUUGAAGUCAAAUAAAGAUGAUUUUGCUUCUUUCAUCGAGUCAAAUCAUUUAAUUAAUGAUAAAGAAAAUCAAAAACUACUUGAAUCCCAAAUUAAAGAUCAAAUUAACUCAAAUGAAAUCUUAAAGCAAAAAAUGUUAAAACAAGUUAUUAGAUUCAUUGAUGAAUCUUUCCAAGAAAAUAAUAAAUCAGUGGAAUCUUCAUUAAACUCUUUUUCCAAUAAAAUUCUCGAUUCAAAUAAAAAACAAAUUUCAAAUACUAAUUCGAUUUCAAAUUCAAAAUUCGAUGAUUUACAUUUGAAAAUUACUAAUAAUAUUCAUAACUCAAGUGACAUCUAUAAAAAGUUCGAUGAAGACUUACUCAAAUCAUUAAAUAAAACUGCUAAUGAUAUCUUAAAGCAUUAUAAUAACUUGAUAAAUCCUUCCAUUAGUAAAAAUAUCGACUCCAUUAACAAUCAUACCCUAAUCAAAUCAGUUCCGGAUAAAAUUAAAUCCAUUAAUGACUUGUUUAAAGAUAAGAAUAAGUUGAACCAACAAGAUUUAGUCAAUAUUAAUAAGGAAUUGAAAGAACUUCAAAAAUCAAUCAAUGACGUAUCUUCAGUCAUGUCCCCAGCAAAAAAUUCAUCCUCAUCCCGUUCAUCUUCUCGCUCAUCUUCGAGACCUCCUUCCCGUACUCCAACUAGAUCCCCCAAUAGAUCUCCUAUAAGACCUCCUUCAAGACAAGCAAGAUCACCCAUUCGAUCUUCUGCUCCUGCUCUAAGAAGAAAUAACACCUACACUUUCCCACCAAAUAAUAACUUCCAUAACGAACUAACUAGAUCGGUAUCGUCCAUUCCAAAUGAAAAACCUGAACCCAAUCAUGAAAGAAAACCUUCUUUACUGAACAGCAAAAUUCCAACCUUAUUUCAUCAAAACGAUAAAGAGAAUCUAACAUUCAAAAGAAGAAGAACCUAA